AUGGCCACCCUCCUCCGCAGCAAGAUUUCCAACGUGGCCACCUCGGUGUCCAACAAGUCCCAGGCGAAGAUGAGCGGGAUGUUCGCGCGGAUGGGCUUCCAGGCGGCCACCGACGAGGAGGCGGUGGGGUUUGCCCACUGCGAUGACCUCGACAUGGAGCACCGGCAAGGGCUGCAGAUGGACAUCCUCAAGUCCGACGCCAGCGAGGAAGGCGCCGAGCCGCCCCUGGAGGGAGAUAUCCACUACCAGCGCGACGGCACCGGGCCCCUGCCGCCGUCCGCCUCCAAGGACGCGGGCGGGUGUGCGGAGCUCUCCGGCCAGGGCAAGCCCAAGAUCACAGCCUGGGAAGCGGGCUGGAAUGUCACCAACGCCAUCCAGGGGAUGUUUGUUCUGGGCCUGCCCUAUGCCAUCCUUCAUGGUGGAUACCUAGGACUCUUUUUAAUAAUUUUUGCUGCAGUGGUUUGCUGCUACACUGGGAAAAUCCUUAUUGCCUGUCUUUAUGAAGAGAAUGAGGAUGGGGAGAUAGUCAGGGUGAGAGACUCCUAUGUGGACAUAGCAAACGCUUGCUGCGCGCCCCGCUUCCCCACGCUCGGAGGCAGAAUUGUGAACGUGGCUCAGAUCAUUGAACUGGUCAUGACCUGCAUUCUCUAUGUGGUGGUCAGUGGGAAUCUGAUGUACAACAGCUUCCCAAACUUGCCUGUCUCCCAGAAGUCAUGGUCCAUCAUUGCCACAGCAGUGCUCCUGCCUUGUGCGUUCUUGAAGAACCUCAAGGCAGUCUCGAAGUUCAGCUUGCUUUGCACAUUAGCCCACUUUGUGAUCAACAUCUUGGUGAUUGCCUACUGCCUCUCCAGGGCACGUGACUGGGCCUGGGACAAAGUCAAGUUUUACAUUGAUGUGAAGAAGUUUCCCAUCUCCAUUGGUAUCAUUGUCUUCAGCUACACCUCCCAAAUCUUUUUGCCUUCCUUGGAGGGGAACAUGCAGAACCCCAAGGAGUUUCAUUGCAUGAUGAAUUGGACUCACAUAGCAGCUUGCAUCCUUAAGGGACUCUUCGCCUUGGUUGCCUAUCUGACCUGGGCCGAUGAGACCAAGGAAGUCAUUACAGAUAACUUACCAUCUACCAUUAGGGCAGUAGUCAACAUUUUCUUGGUGGCCAAAGCCUUGCUUUCUUAUCCCUUGCCCUUCUUUGCAGCUGUGGAAGUCUUGGAGAGAUCCCUUUUCCAAGAUGGAAACAGGGCCUUCUUUCCUAACUGCUAUGGGGGUGAUGGGAGGCUCAAAUCCUGGGGACUCACCCUCAGAUGUGCCCUGGUAGUUUUCACCUUGCUAAUGGCUAUCUACGUCCCUCAUUUUGCCCUCUUGAUGGGUCUUACUGGGAGCCUCACAGGUGCAGGUCUCUGUUUCCUGCUCCCCAGUCUUUUCCACCUCAAACUCUUGUGGAGGAAGCUCUUGUGGCACCAUGUCUUCUUUGAUGUAGCCAUUUUCGUUAUAGGUGGUAUCUGCAGUGUGUCUGGGUUCAUCCAUUCUUUAGAAGGCCUUAUAGAGGCUUUUAGAACCAAUGCUGAAGACUAA